AUGGCACGCUCGUCGACUCCCCCGAUCCUCUCGCAGCUCCAGAGCGCAAGGAGCUAUACCGAACAGACGAGUGCGCUGCGGGCUCUCAAAAACGAUGUCGUCGGGCAUGCACAGAAGAAGGAGAUGUGGGCUGAGCUAGGCGCACUGGAACCCAUCGUCAAGAUUCUCAAUGCUUCUCGAUCGCCGGCCAAGGUCAACAGCAAAGACGCUCGCCCGAGCUCCAACUCUCCAUGGUUGAGCGAGGAAGAGACAGUGAGGCUUCAAGCUCUGCAACUCUUGGCGAGCUUUGCCAAUGGCGGCACUGCUUUUGUCGAGCCACUCCUCGCUGCGGGCACGCUGCCAGCUGUAUUGGACAAUGUAUGUCCGACAACGAACGCUCCUCUGCUCGUCACUACGGCACUACGUGUCCUUCUCAACGUCAUCGAAGCUUCCGCUCUAUCGACAACGAACUCGCCAAUAGAUAUGCAAGCCUUGGCCGAGGCCAUCUUCGCAUCCGAACAUAUCGAUUCUUUCAAUAGCAUACUUUCUAGCAGCGCAACUGUGUCCGAGCAACAAACUCAAGUGCCAUUAGUAGCGAGCAUCAUCAGCCAAUUGUGUCGAGACGAGAAGCAUCAACUGGCUAUGGCAAAUCAAAGGGUCAUUGACUCCCUCGCAACUAAGUUGGCAAGCAUUGCUGUUGCUGAAGGGCAUGUCAUUCCCUACGCCGAAGUGUUCGGCCGGGUGGAUCGGAUGUCGGACUUCACUCCGGAGCCGGCACCGUCCAGUUCAAACUUGGCUUCCAUCUUGGAAGCAUUGACUGUCAUCAUCACGGACUCUCGCUUCAGAGCGUGCACGCUGUUGUGCUCGCCGGCGAUCAUGGCCAUCUUCCCUUCCCUGAAAUUCAACCCGUCAAAAGAAGUACGAGCGCCCUGGAACUCCCUAGAGGUGAGCGGUCUCGGAUACGCGCGGCAGCAAAAUCUCAGUGCUCUGGACUAUCUGCUACCCGCCGUCCCUAUACACCAAGGUCGAAUUCCCGGGUCGCAGCAAUCGCACUUUCCUGCUCUGGGCAUGUCCGAGGCGCGGGAGCGGGCUCGCUCAGCCGCAAGCAAAUACAGCUCUACGGCUUCCGUAUGGGAGGCUUCCCGAUUCGAGUUGUUUGGGAACGAGACAGAGCCGGAAGAAGAACAGGAGACUCCCCUAAUACCGUGGCUGAUACUCUUGAUCAGAUCACGGCAGAGUCUAGACCGGCUGAUGGCUGCCAAUCUCCUCACCUCACUUUUCAGGUCUGGGUUUGGCAGCAAGUAUCUGAGAGAGACUAGUCUCUGUCUUCUGGUUGUUCCUGUUCUCAUGGACAUGCUCGAACAGCUUCAAGCGGCACCACCAGUUGUGAAGUCUCCUCUGGUUGAUGCGGACGUGGCGUUGAAGUGGACGAUAUUGGAGCGUACGCCGGCCAUCCUUGCCCGAAUGAUCACAGACAGCGAACCGCUCCAAAAGGCUGCUUUCGACUGCGGCGCCGUCAAAUGUUUUAGCAAGCUUCUCAAAGACGCAUACGAGCCGAUUCCAUCGUCUGCCUAUGCCAAAGUAUGGUCACCACAGGCCGAUACCGCGAUGGAGACGGAAAGUACCCCUCCCUCUCGUGCCCUGGGAUCAGAAGGACAGCCGCCGCUCCUGGCCCACAGAGUUCGGAUGCGAGAAAGCGCACUUAAGGCGAUAGGGGCUCUAGCGGCUGGCAAGGACGAAUAUCGCAAGGCUUUCGUCGAGCAGGACGUCGUUGCUCACAUUGUGCAGUCAUUGUCGCCUACGCCCGGCAAGCCGUCGAAUCCAAAGGAUCGCAGCAAACCAAACGAACCAGAUGGACCUAUUCGUGACGGGUCCGCGCCCGACCACAAUUCUGGGUACGGCAACAACCCCCUCUCGGUUUUGAUUGCAGGUUGCCACGCUGUAAGAAUGCUGUCACGGUCGGUUAGUAUCCUCAGGACAUCUCUAGUGGACUAUGCUGUGGCUGUGCCCCUAUUCCGGUUCCUCAGACACCCUGACGUGGAUGUCCAAAUUGCUGCCACUGCUGCAAUUUGUAAUCUAGUCACCGAAGUUAGCCCCAUGAGGGAGCUCCUGGCCGAUCGGGGCGUGAUGAAGAUCCUGUGUGAGCAUGCGCAUUCUCUCAAUGCAGCACUGCGCCUCAACGCUCUCUGGGCACUGAAGCAUUUCGUACAUGCAGUUGACCUUGAUACCAAAAAGCAAUGUCUGGAAGUACUUGAGUCUGGAUGGCUUGUGCGGCUUAUUUGCGACGACACGGAAGAUGAUGCCCUCUUCCUUGCUAGGUCAAAGAUGGACAAGCAGAACGCUGUUGACAUUGGAGAUGACGUAGAUGGCGAUGUCGAGAUGGACCAGGCUGAUUCGUUGUCCAAAUCGUGGUUGGGUUCGACAAUGCAGCCGCAAGACGCAGACGGCAAGCGAUCAGCCAAGUUACGGCAGACAGAGGCGAAAUUGGCGGCUCUUCGCGAGGCCGAAAUCAACCCCUUACGGAAAGCCCGCAAUGAUGAUCUCGCCAUUCAGGAGCAGGGCCUCGACUUCAUAAGGAAUUUGAUCGGGGCGGCCGGGUCUGGGACGCAUUCUGAUUCUCCAAGCGACACCACGGAGAUGAUCAACUACCUUUUCGACGAGUUGGGACAGGACAGAGUUUUCGAUAUACUGGCCAGGAAACUACAGGCCAAGGUCCUUCAUCCAACGGCAAGACGAUCUACGGGUUCGGGACGAGAGGCUCGCGUCCUCUACCCGCAGGCCAAGAUCAUCGAGGCCGUAGUGUUCAUCCUCGUUCAUAUGGCGGCCAGUAUCCCGCGUCAUCGACAAUUGGUUAUUGCGCAAACAGACUUACUCAAACUGUUGGCGAAUCACUUCAAUAGCAAGGACAAGGAAGUCCGGGUAGCCCUUUGUCACUUGAUCAGCAACCUCACAUGGCAAGAUGACGACAACGACGCACGGGGGUGCGCCCAGAGGGCAUAUGAACUCAAGAAGUUGGGAUUCCUUACCAAGCUUGAGGGAUUAGAAGACGAUAGCGAAUUAGAUGUGCGAGAGCGGGCUAAGAGUGCAGUUUGGCAGAUGAAGCAACCCGGUACAGACUAG